AACCGGUACCCCAGAAUAGCGGGGCCUAUGAAACCGGUCAUUGGCUACCUCUGCUGAUGACCUCACCUCGCACGUAACGACGAUGACCUCACCUCGCACCGCACCGCACCUCCGAGGUGACGACGACCACGGGCACGUCCAAGUUUUGGGCCUCUGCCGUUCGAAGGUGAGAGGCCCAACAGGCGACCGAGGACCAACCACCUGCGGUUCCGUGUUCGGAAACCACGAGGAACAAUGAGUUCCAGAACGGCCGAAUGAUGCUGGGCUGAGAACUUUCCCUCUCAGGCUUCAUCAGAGAGGCAUCGAAUGGCCCUUGGGCGGCGAGGACAUCACGCAUGGCGUCCGCCUCGGCGCUGCUGCUUUCUGCGAGGCAUCGUUUUGCACAUCCCAGAGAGGUUGCGUUCGUGGGACGGGAGGACCCGGCUCAACCGGCUCGAGCUGUUCUUAUCUGUUCUUCUGCCGAGCGGCUCGGAGUCGGACGACGUGUCCAUGUCACCGUGUCACGGCACUGAGCACCCAACGCAGUGGUCUCAGCAACUUGCCGCAGCCUGCGUUUUGGUGUGUGUGUUUUUUUGGGGGGAUGGGGGGUGGCAGAGGCCGAACCAGCGAUGGUCAGUCCAAGAGAACAAGGUCAGCCGCCCAACACCUCAAAUUCUGAUUCUGCUUGGCUGAAUAAAGGAUUGCGCUUCCACCAAUCAACAUGGAAAUGGAUGGCACCCCAUGUUUGGUAUGAGGAUUUCAUGGUCUUUCCAGUGCAGGACCGCAUGUUCCAGCCACCUCCGUGAGUGAUGGAGGUGAGUGGCAUCAGCGGACUGUCCCAUCCGUGGCGGAGUUACCACCCAGCAAUUCACAAGCACCUUCCAAC